AUGUCUAACCAAGAACUCCCGGCCUUCUACUACCAUUUUAUUUCCUACGAGAUGAUAGGAGAUAUCUUUCUUCUCAUUGAAGCCCUGGAGUAUUACUACGACUCUGAUGGCUACACCCUAGGUGAAGAAGAUCGGGCGGUGGUCGUCAUGUCGCCCCAGAGAACGCCGGAGGACAUCGUGGCAACCCUGCUGGAGUUGAGGGUGUUGGAUCACUCAGCCGCCAUGGGCUUUGAGGUACUACACGAAAUCCCUAAAUCGCUGAUCAUCAAUGAGUCGAAUCUCGAUUCUGCCCUCGUACGGACUUACGGCACCGCGUUUGCCAAGAUUGUCGAGGAAGACAAAUGGGUCAUCUCGACUCCAAACAUCACGCCCGAGGGCCUGAAGAAGCACUUGUUCAACGCGGGUAUUUUUUUUCCCGAGUCGGCUCUUAAGCCGGAGGAGAGAAGCGUUCCUAACCCUGGGUUUAUUAUCACGGAUGAACAACCUGAGACACCCAAGGAAUGA